AUGGACACUCCGGAUUAUCUCGAGCGCUAUCGCCAGUUUAGCGCACUGGAUCAGCAGAAGAAUCAACUUAUUGAGGAACUCCUGCAACGAGUGACAGACCUUGAGACCUCCUUCCAGCAAGAAAAACUUGAUCACCAGCGCGAGACCCGCUUCAAUCGCGAUAUUCAACUGCACGAGAUGGAGUUGAUGCAACAGAUCUCUCAGAUCAAGAAUAUUAUGGAUCGAGAACCUUUCGUUGUCGUUCUUUUAGACGGAGAAGGGAUAAUUUUCAAGGACGAAUAUUUGCAGCAGGGAGAAGAGGGUGGACGCAGUGCGGCCAAGGCGCUCGAAACGGGCAUGCGCUCCUAUUUGGCAAAGAAUAUUCCAAGUGUUACUGAGCCGAGGCUUUUGACCAAGAUUUUUCUCAAUGUGAAGAGCUUUGGCGAGCUUUGCGCUCGGAGUGGGACUAUUUCGGAGGCUGCUGCGAUUCAUGAUUUUAUUCGCGGUUUCAAUGAGACCAUGUCGCUUUCUGAAAUUGUGGACAUCGGGUCGGGCAAGAACAAGGCAUACGAUAAGAUUCAGGAAAUGUUCCAGGUCUUUCUUUACAACUGCCAUUGCCACCAGAUUUUCCUUGGCUGCCCCUCAAAUAGUGAAUACGGUCAUUUCCUUGAAGAGUCAUUGAAUGAAGGGGAUCUUACUGGUCGCAUCUCUCUUGUGGAGGGUGUUCCGUUUGAGAAGGAGCUGGAGACUGUCCAGAACUCAUAUCGAAUCGCCCGGUUCCCGGAUGUCUUCCGUUCAGCCAAACUGGUGCCCGUGUGGACAGCUCCUUGGAAGAGCGCCCUUCCGUCUCGAUCAUUGCUCACGCCAUCUCCGUCCCAGUCCUUCACAAACCCUCCGCCUUUGUCAAGAACAUCCACCAACACGAGCUUCUCCGGUGUUGGCGGACCUCUGUCGACUGUUACCUCCAAUAAAGGAGAGAAUCCAGAUUUCCAGCCGGUUGUGCGCUCCAAGUUACCCGGUUCGACAGUUGCAAAGACCGUCGAGCGAAACAAAUACGGACAACGCGUGGAUCGUCUUGAUUUCAAGAGCAUUCCUCGCGACGAUCUCAAUCGCCUGAAGAAGCUCAAAUUGUGCAAUUAUUAUUUCUUGCUGGGCGAGUGCCCCAAUGAGGAGAACUGUUACCACGAUCACGACCGCAAAUUGACCCGGCAAGAACUUCACAUCCUGUCCGCUAUCGCCCGCAUGACGCCGUGCCGCUUUGGAUUGGAAUGCGACGACCCGGAGUGUAUCUACGGCCACCGUUGCCCCCAGAGUGAACCCGGCAAAAAAACCUGCUUUCGUGGAGACAGUUGUCGCUUCGAGCCUGUGGCCCACGGCAUUGACACCAACAUUGUCAAAGUGACAAAGGUUUAA